CCGGUCUGCGGAUCCAGUGCUCUCCCCCUCCCCCCCCCGGCACCAGGGGGAGGAGGACGCGGCCCCUCCCCCGCGCGCCGGGGGCGCGCCGGUGCACCGCGGGGGCGGCCCGGGCCCGUGGGCGGAGCUGGGCAGCGCCGCGGUGCCCUUGGAGAGGUCGCUCGAGCGGAAGGAGGAGUACGAGUUGUGCUACGACGCCCCUGAGGGGCAGGUGUGCGUCCCCAGCAACAGCAGCAAAUACAGCGACAGCGUGGUCUACUGCAGCGCCAAGAAGUGGAAGCUCUGGGGCCCGAGGCUGUGUUCGGCGUCGAUGGGCCGAGAGAGCCGCUGCGAGCCGACUGGCAUCGGGCUGGAGGUGGGGACGUGCGACGACCCGUUUUGCAGGAACGGCGGCGCCAUCCGUGGCGACGGGAAGUACUGCCACAGGUCGCAGGUUGUGAGUUGCACUGGCGACGCCGCGCCCCGGAUCGUGGACGCCUGCGCCGACCGCAGGCAGUACCUGUUCGAGGACUGCUACUCGGUCCAGAAGCGCGAAUGCAUGGAGUACACCGACACGGACAUCCGCUGCGCGGGUUCGCAUUCCCACUUGGAGGGGAACGGCUGUUAUGAUGGCAGACGCAGGAGGAGUUGGUAGCUCGUCUUUUUGUUCUACCGCCUUGCGCGUGUUGGUAGUAGUACUACGAUCCCUCGAGAUCGCAUGGUGCGCGGGAUUUCUACUGACACGCGCAUUCAGCGGCACGGUGGCGGAUUACGUCGGCCCUCGACAGCGUCCGCCUGAUUGGGCGCCCGCGCAAGCGCUGGCAUUAUUGAUUUCCCACAUGAUGGCGUCGCCUCGUGCCCCGUUCUCUGAUUUUGUUGCGCUUUUCGCGGCGCGCGGCAGCCUGUGUUGCGCCCGCAGCGUUUUUGCAUCCUGAUUCCCUCCUUGUCUACUUGUCUACACCACGCGAUUGAAUGGAACGCGACGCGAGGCUACUUGGAUGACUGCGGCGGCUACGGGGA